AGGGGUAGGCAGGGUCUCCUUUGAUCUCAGCAGGUAGAGCGAAUCUGAGUGACCCGGUGACUGAGCCAGGCCCCGCCCUCUAUUGUGUUUGUGUGUGGGGAGGGCUGGGAGCCAGGACGCCUGGGUUCUCUCCCCAGUACUGGGAGGGGAGUGGAGUCUAGUGGUUGGCGGGGGGGGGUCAGGAAUCCUGGGUUCUCUCCCCGGCUCUGGGAGGGGAGUGGGGUCUAGUGGUUAGAAGGGGCGGGGUGCUGGGACCCAGGACUCCUGGGUUCUCUCUCCAGCUAGGCGUGACCAUCCCAGCCGCGCACAUCAGCCUGUGCCCGGCAGGGAAGGGUUAACCCCGAGCAGGGAGCGAUACCUGCUGCGUCCCGCCCUGCCCAGUUCUCAGCGCACCUGACCGCGGCCUCCCAGCCCGGGGCCUUGCUGGGUCUGUGCCCCCCCCGCCGGACCUCUCACCCCCUCGGGACCUGCCCCCCCCCCCCGCCAUGGCCUCGGGGGGGCUGGGCCGGUGCCGCCUGGCGCUGGGCCUGGCGCUGCUGCUGGACGGGGCGGGCAUGGGGGCGCUGCUGACGGGCAUCUUCGCCCGGCUGCGGGUGCGGGGCCAGGACUUCGGGGACCUGCUGAUCUACUCGGGGGCGGUGCUGGUCUUCCUGAGCCUGCUGGGCUGGGUGCUCUGGUACACGGGCAACCUGGAGCUGGCGCCCGAGGAGCUGGGGCGCGACUACGCCGCCAAGGGGGGCACCCUGGCCCGCCUCGCCCGCAAGCUCUCCCGCCGCUGGUCCCGGCGCCAGCCCGGCCCGCUGGCCCUGGGCCCCGUGCGCGGGAGCCAGGGGCCCCCGACCCGGGAGACGGUCUAGAGAUGCCUCUUGGGACGGAGCCCUGUGGGGGGGGGGGCAAGUCAGAUGGGGGAUCUGUCUCGGACCAGCACCCCCCACCCCCUCACCGAUCCGAGAGCACCCACAGGGCUACGAGACAGACGGACCGAACUGGCCCCAGGACAGAGGGACAGAGACACCCAGCCCCUGCGCUCGGGGGCCGCGUAUCUGGGGACCCCUCGCCCGGCGCUGGGACGGCAGAGCUUGGGGGGGUGCUGGCUCUCCUGACCCGGCAGAGGGGCAUCUGUCCAUCUGUCUGUCCAUCGCAGGGAAGUUUCAUUUGUAUUUAAAACACUUUGUGUCUCAG